AUGCGGACCUGCCUCACAGAGCCGCCCUGCAUCUAUCAGAGACGGGCAGAUGAGUACAGCUGCAGCGGGCUAGCUCAAAGCUCGCAAAGGGGCAGGCCAGAGGAGGACUGGAUCGGCCUUGGCGUCCAGGUUUUGAUGUACAGCUCGCUUGUAACGCUUCUUUUCUGUUCCGGGGGCGCGUGCCUCUAUUCCGCUCGUCUGCCUCGGUCCAACUCUCUUGCCGCUGCCUCUGACGACGUCGAGCAUGCAACAGGCGUUCAUGAAAACACCUUGGGGGAACCUAAUCUCACGCCCCCCCCAACUCCACUCAAUGGGGUCAACAUGCUCUUCUCGUAUAAGGCUGUAUACCUCUUCCACCUCGUCGGGCACGCGGGCAUUUCUCUGCUCGACGUGAGCGCAGGCGGCAGCGCAUGGUUCGGCGUUUGGGGCUACUGCGUAUCGGCAAUUGACGUCUCUGUCGUCGGCAUCGACGUUGCCGGGACAAAUGCAACAUGCUCUAAAGCAGAGCUGGGAUAUGACCUCAGCCCCUUCGUCCUUGACGUGUUGCACGCCUCCGACACGAACCUUGACCCAGCGACUAUUAACCGUGAUAUCACUGCGGUCUUGGUUUUGCAUCCCAUUGCCUGUGGCAUUGCCUUCCUAGCUCUGGCCACGUCGUUCAUUAUCGUCCGCUAUGCGCGGUCCGCGCCUGGAGCUCCUCGGGCACUCCCCAUUAUCGCCCUCAUAGUGGGGUUCCUCGCUGCGGUUCUCACCACGGCGGUAUUCCUCAUUGACGUAAUCUUUGUCGCCGUGGUGCGCAAGCGCGUCGAAAGCAAGUCUGAUGGUAUCCUGACCUUGAACUGGGGCAAUGCUGUCUGGAUGGUCUUGGGUGCCACGGUUGCCUUAUGGUUGGCGCUGGUCGGUUCUUGCGCGGGCGUGUGCUGCAUGCGAAGACACAGGAAAGUGAGCAAGUACUAG